UUUUUUCAUUCAAAGGUAUUCCACUUUCUCCUGUUUCUUUUCCUCUCAAAAAUCAAAUUUAUUUGCUGAAUUAAUCGCAAUAUUUGAUUAGUUAAAAACGAUUUUUCACGUCCCGAGUCGAUUCUCGAAUCAAUUUUGUUUUACUAGAAGCUUGCCAAGUAAAAUCGGAGGAAGUAACAAUCCACGAUUUUUCAUAUGGUAAUUAUGAUUUAUUUUAUGAAAUAUAUUCCUUAGGUUAAAUUUGUUUCCUUAAGAUAAUAAUAUAUGCCUAAAUUAUGAUUUAUUUGCUUAAGAUAUAUUUUUAAUUUAAUGUGAUUGGGAUUAGGAUUGGAAUUCUUUAUAUAGUUUAUACACAGAGUUGUUUUAACAUUAUACUCUGCAUCCAAAAGUUAUAGUGUUGAUUCAAUUGCGUUGUGUUUGAAGUUAAUAUUUGUAAGUGAAAAAAUGCGCUAAUUUAAAUAUUAGUAACCGAGGAUAAAAAAGUAUCAAUCAUGCAAUGCAUUAAUUUUUUUCUUUGUUACAUGCUUAACGCAAUCAUGUAAAAAUAUGUAUAUCGUCUAUCAAUUGAAUUGAAUUACGUUUGCAUUAAAUCAUUAUUUGAUACUCAUUGUUAUAUGCUUACUGUUUAUGUUUUUGUUGAUUUGGAUUUGAAGUUUUCAUCUGAUCAUCAGAAACCAGCUGAACAAAGAGAUGGCGGAUCAGGAUACGACCCAUCGUUGCCUGUGCCUAGACUUGGAAAAGUCCUUGGCCUUGUGGGGACUAAUGGCAUUGGAAAAUCGACCGCGCUUAAGGUUUUGGCCGGGAAGUUGAAGCCUAACUUGGGACGCUUCGAUAACCUUCCUGAUUGGGACGAAAUCUUGACUCAUUUUAGAAGAUCCGAGCUCCAUAGUUACUUCACCCGUAUUCGUGAAGAUAAUUUGAAGGCAGUCACCAAGCCCCAGCACAUUGAUCACAUCCCGAAUGUUGUUCAAGGCAACGUUGGGCAAUUUCUUUCUGAGAGAGAUACGAAACGAGAACUUGCAGCUGAGCUUGAGUCGAUUCAUGUUAUGGACCGUAAUGUGGGAGAUUUAUCGGGUGGAGAGCUUCAGAGGUUUGCGAUAGCUACUGUUGCUCUACAGAAUGCAGACAUUUAUAUGUUUGAUGAGCCAUCGAGUUAUCUUGAUGUUAAACAAAGACUCAAGGUUGCCCAAGUUGUCAGAUCGUUGCUUCAACCUGAUAGCUAUGUGAUUGUGGUAGAGCACGAUCUUAGUUUGGUCGAGUAUUUGUCGGACUUCAUUUGCUGCAUUUACGGGAGACCUGGUGUAUAUGGAGUAGUUACUCUUCCGUUCUCGGUGAGAGAUGGAAUUAAUGUUUUCCUGUCUGGAUUUGAUCGAAAUGAUAAUCUUAGGUUCAGAGAUGAAACUCUUACAUUGAAGAUUGUCGAGACUCCACAAGAAAAUGCUGAGGAAAUUGAGACGCGUGCAAGAUACAAGUAUCCAACCAUGACUAGGACUCAGGGUAAUUUCAGGCUCAAGGUCUUGGAGGGCGAAUUCACUGAUUCACAAAUUAUUGUGAUGCUCGGUGAAAAUGGGACAGGAAAAACGACCUUUAUACGGAUGCUGGCUGGUCUUUUGAAUCCCGAUUCAGUGGAAGGAUCUGACAUGGAAAUUCCCGAGUUCAACGUCUCGUACAAGCCACAGAAAAUGAGUCCAAAAGUGAAGUGUAGCGCGGGAAUGCUUUUGCGUUCAAAAAUCCCUGACGCAUGUAUGGAUCCGCAUUUUGUAUCCGAUGUGAUGAAGCCUCUUUUGAUUGAGCAAUUGAUGGAUAUACAGAUUGAGAAUCUCUCUGGUGGAGAAUUACAAAGAGUUGCCAUCACUCUUUGUCUUGGAAAGCCAGCUGAUAUAUAUUUGCUAGAUGAACCGAGUGCACAUCUAGACGCGGAGAUGCGUAUCGUUGCUUCAAAAGUCAUCAAGCGAUUUAUACUUGACAGGAAGAAGACUGCAUUUGUAGCCGAGCAUGAUUUCAUCAUGGCAACAUACCUUGCAGACAGAAUGAUUGUGUAUGAGGGAAAGCCAUCCAUAGAUUGUGUUGCUAAUCCACCUCAAUCGCUUAUGACCGGAAUGAACCUCUUCUUAUCUCACCUGGAUAUCACCUUCAGAAGGGAUCCCGCGAAUUUCUGGCAUAGAAUCAACAAGCAGGACUUGACCGAGGAUCGGGAGCAGUCUUACUAUUAUUUGGAUGACUAACUUGCAGCAGACGUUUACGACCACGUGGAUGUUAAUGAAACGCUGCUGCCCCUGCCACGGGUUGUGCUGCCAUUUGGUAACGACGAGUUCUUAUCGAACAAAGGUGUUGGUUGGCUCCCCAGCUAGGAUUUUUUGUUCAAAAGUUUGAGAUUAUGAGUUGUAACUUAGGAUUUGCUUUUGUUUUGUUGUUUUUGAGCUCACAUUACAGUUAUUUUUAACAGUUAUAGUGCAUUUUUCUCAUUUUUUA